UCUCCGCCCGCGGCGCGCGCUCGCUCGUUCGCUCGCUCCCUCCUUCCACCGCGUCUCGCGCUCCGUCUCCUCAGUCCGCCGGCGGCUCCGUUAAGCGGCGGCGGCGGGUUCCUGCUUCCGUCUCCUCACCGCGCUGUCGUCCCCCCCCCCCUUCGCCGCCCCUCCGCUCGCCCCGGCGUCUCCCCGCGCCCGGCACCCACGGCGACGGCAGCGCGGGCCCCGGCACUCGGGCAAUUACCUAGGGUUCAAAAUGAAAGUGAGGAAGAAGAGUCCCCAAAAGUGUUAAUCUGAAAAAUAAUUAUUGCUGGUAGUUAAUUUCACUGGCUGCUGGACUAGUGGAAUUACUUGUUAACCUCCAAGCCCAUGAUGCAGUUGUGUUUAUUUCCUGCUGUCAUGGAGAGGAACUGUUGGAAGAAUACCAUCUAUUCCUGAAGACUUGUUAUAUUAAUUUUGUGGAUUUGUUUGAUAGCCUGUUCUACUAACACUGUUGAGACAGACCAACGCUUCCUCUUAUAAAGAAUAUAAACGAAGAAUGAUGUGAUAUUAAUGCUUUCUAUGUACAGCUCCAAAAGGAUCUUCUCUAAGGAGUUGGAGUAAGAUAAACAGUGAGAAUAACUUUUCUCUGGUACAAUGUGGUGAAGCAGAGGAACUGAAAUUGUGCACUUUUGUACAGGCUAAGGACUUAAAAUGUUUGUUAUUUUGUGAGCAGAAGCAGUUCUGGAGUGAAUUGAACUUCUGAAAAUGCGGCCAUGGACUGGUUCCUGGCGUUGGAUUAUGCUCAUCCUCUUUGCUUGGGGAACUUUACUCUUUUAUAUUGGUGGACACCUGGUACGAGACAGCGAGCACCCAGAUCACUCUAGUCGUGAAUUAUCCAAGAUACUUGCUAAACUUGAACGUUUAAAGCAGCAAAAUGAAGACUUAAGGCGGAUGGCAGAAUCUCUCAGGAUACCAGAUGGUCCCAUUGAUCAAGGACCAGCUGCAGGAAAGGUACAUGCUUUAGAGGAGCAACUUUUAAAGGCCAAAGAACAGAUAGAAAACUAUAAGAAGCGGACAGGAGAUGGAGGCCUUGGAAAAGACCAUGAAAUAUUGAGGAGGAGGAUUGAAAAUGGGGCUAAGGAACUUUGGUUUUUCCUCCAGAGUGAACUGAAGAAGUUGAAAAAUCUAGAAGGAAGUGAACUGCAAAGACGCGUUGAUGAAUUUCUGUCUGAUUUGGGUCAUCAGGAAAGGUCGAUAAUGACCGACUUGUACUACCUCAGUCAAACAGAUGGAGCAGGAGAUUGGCGAGAAAAAGAGGCCAAAGAUCUAACAGAUUUGGUACAGAGGAGAAUAACUUAUCUACAGAAUCCGAAGGAUUGCAGCAAAGCUAAGAAACUUGUGUGUAAUAUCAACAAAGGCUGUGGCUAUGGCUGUCAACUUCAUCAUGUAGUCUACUGCUUCAUGAUCGCUUAUGGCACUCAGCGAACACUCAUUUUAGAGUCUCAGAAUUGGCGCUAUGCUACUGGUGGCUGGGAGACUGUAUUUAGACCUGUAAGCGAGACAUGUACUGACAGAUCAGGUACCACUACUGGACACUGGUCAGGUGAGGCUAAUGAUAAGGAUGUUCAGGUGGUGGAACUUCCCAUUGUGGACAGCUUACACCCACGGCCACCUUAUUUACCUUUGGCUGUCCCCGAAGACCUGGCAGAUAGGCUAAUUCGUGUACAUGGGGAUCCUGCAGUGUGGUGGGUCUCGCAGUUUGUGAAAUACUUGAUUCGUCCACAGCCUUGGUUAGAAAAAGAAAUAGAAGAAGCGACGAGGAAACUUGGUUUCAAACAUCCAGUGAUCGGUGUUCACGUCCGAAGGACAGACAAAGUAGGAACAGAGGCAGCAUUUCAUCCCAUUGAAGAAUACAUGGUACAUGUUGAAGAGCGCUUUGAACUUCUUGCUCGCAGAAUGCAUGUUGAUAAAAAAAGAGUGUAUUUGGCUACAGAUGACCCUUCAUUGUUGCAAGAAGCAAAAUCCAAGUAUCCAAAUUAUGAAUUUAUCAGUGAUAACUCCAUAUCCUGGUCAGCAGGACUUCAUAACCGAUACACUGAAAACUCCCUAAGAGGUGUUAUUCUGGAUAUUCACUUUUUGUCUCAGGCAGACUUCCUGGUCUGUACAUUUUCGUCCCAGGUUUGUCGAGUUGCCUAUGAAAUUAUGCAGACAUUGCAUCCAGAUGCUUCAGCGUAUUUCCAUUCUUUGGAUGAUAUCUACUACUUUGGGGGACAGAAUGCCCACAACCAGAUUGCUAUUUAUGCUCAUCAUCCACGAACUGCUGAUGAAAUUCCUAUGGAACCUGGAGAUAUAAUUGGAGUAGCUGGAAACCACUGGGAUGGUUAUUCAAAAGGCAUCAAUAGGAAAUUAGGAAGAACAGGCCUGUACCCAUCCUAUAAAGUUAAGGAGAAAAUUGAGACAGUCAAGUAUCCUACGUACCCAGAGGCUGACAAGUAGAUUAAAAGGAAGACAUUUGGCAGUAAUUCUCAAUUUUGAUUGGUUUGAACCAGUCAGCGCACUAACUAAUGGUUUAUAUGGGAUUUGAAUUUGCAUUUUAAGAUGCAGUUAAAAUCAAAGCCUUUAGCAAUGAAACUGGAUAAGAAGCUGAGAACAAAUGGAUGGGCUAUUAUCUGAACUUACUCUUAAACAUUUUUUUGUUAUAUGCACUCUCACACAUGCACACACAAAACUACAUGCAACAGGAAUACUGUUGUUUUAUACUUUUUGUCUCUUUUCAGGAUUUGUCCCAGUCAUUAGUCUUACGUGAGCUUUGGGCUCUUUUCUCUGCCAUUAAAUGACAAUAAUGUUCAGACUUAUAACACUGCCACAUUGUGUAAUUUGAGUGACAUGAACAUAUUUUGUAUGUGCAAAAUUUAAAACAUGGUGCCUAUAUUUGAAAAAUUUGUGACCUUUUUAGAAGAGCCAUGCCUAUAUUACAAUGAGCAAGAGUCAAUCUUCAACUGGUGUUACCGUGACCACUGAACUUGCUUCAAACAACAGAUUCAGAUUUCAGACUAGAUUUCUUUACAAGUUUAUUUUUAGCAUUCCAUUGAUUACUUCUCAUCAUUAAUAAAAUAAAGGAUGCAUCCAACAAUAAAA